AUGUCUAGCCUCUCCAGGGACUUCAGGAGCCUCAGCCGCCGCUCUCCCACUCCCCCAGGAGCUUCUCUCAACAUGAGAAGAAGAGGGCGUUCGUGCUCUCCUUCUUCAAGGUCUGGGGCCUGCAGCAGCCCUACUACUGAUGCAACCAGCAGCAGGAAUAACUUCAGCUCUUCAAGCGUCACUGGAUAUGGCCAUGCCUCUUACCCAAAGGUUUCCAUCAACAAGCGGCUCUUGACGCCACUACACCUGGACAUUGAUCCCUCCUUCCAGGAGAUAAGGACCAAGGAGAAAGAGGAGAUCAAGACACUCAAUGAUCAGUUUGCUGCCUUAAUUGGGAAGGUCCAGAGCCUGGAGCAGCACAACCAAGUCCUGCUCACAAGGUGGAGCUUUUUGAGAGAACAAGACAGCAGUCUUUAUGACUUCGACAUCAAACUCCUCUAUGACCAGUACAUGAACAAACUAAGGCAAGAGAUCCGGUCGAUUGAUGCGGAGAAAGAACAGCUGGACACAGAGCUUGACGAAGUGCUGGAUGCCAUGGACAGCUUUCGGAGCAAAUAUGAGGAAGAAAUAAACAAGAGGACUGGAAUGGAAUUCAGCUUCGCAGCACUCAAAAAGGAUCUGGACAACGGCUUCCUGCACAAAACAGAACUGGAAGCAAAACUGAAUGGACUUCAUGACUGGGUGGAGUUAAUGAAGCAUGUCCAAGACCAGGAACUUGAGGAGGCGAUGUCACAAAUCAAGGAUGUCUCCGUUGAGCUGGGGAUUGACAACAACAGGUUCAACCCUGACCUACACAGGAUUGUGGAGGAUGUGAGAGCUCAGUAUGAAGACUUGGCCAUCAGGAGCUGGGAGGAGUUAGAAGCACUCACCAGAAGUAAGCUGAGUGAAGGAGAGUUACUGUCUGCAAAGUAUGGGGAUCAUCUCCUUGAUGACCGGAGGGUGAUUGCAGAGUUGAACAUACAGAUCCAGAAAAUGAGGUCUUGCAUUGUGUCUCUGAAAAGCCAGUGUCUGCAUUUAGAGGAAAACAUCAAAGAGGUUGGACGACAGGGUGAAACUGCCCUCAAUGAUGCUAAAGGCAAACUAGCUAAGCUGGAAGAUGCCCUUCACAGUGCCAGGCAGAACUUGGCUCACCUGGUUAGGGAAUACCAAGAUCUGAUGAAUGUCAAACUAGCCUUAGACAUAGAGAUUCUUACCUAUAGGAAGCUGAUGGAAGGGGAAGAAAUCAGCAUGGAGUCUCCUUCACCUGCUGUCAUUAGCAGAAUCUACUCCAGCCCCAAACAUUCUUCAUCAAAUUCCAACAUUGUAACCACCACAAGCGUGACAACCAAAACAAGAGAAGAUUCAACAGAUAAAAUGAGCCACAGUAGAAGCAGUUUGGAAAGUGGACUUUCUAGAAAUCAGAGUCAUGAAAGUGGGAGAGUAUCCAGUGAUGAUUUCUCUAGAAGCCAUAGCAAUAGAAGUGGAGGCACUCCAGAUGGUAGCUUUGCUAGAAGUCACAGUACACGCAGAGGUACCCUGGAGAGUAGUCCUUCUAGAAGCACUAGCAGUAGAAGUGGAAACUUUGCAGAUAUUGAAGACACCAUGGAAAGCAGCAUUUCUAAAAGUCAUGGUCGUGGGAGUGGGAGUUUUCCACAACAUGAUAGUUAUAGGAGUCACAGCAGCAGGAAUGAAGAUAACCAAGAAAGGGGGCUUUCUAGAAGUCCCAGUAGUGGAAUCAGAGGCAUCUCAGAAGGUAGCCUUCCUAGAAGCCAAAGCAACAGAAGUUGUGGUUUAACUGACAGUGUAUUUGCUAGAUCCCACAGUGGUGCGAGUGAAGAUAUCCAAGAGAGCAGCUAUUCUAGAAGCCACAGUGGCACGAGUGCAUCUUUUGUAGAAGGUGGACUUUCUAGAAGCAAGAGUGAUACAAAUGAAAUCCGUGACAGCAAUGAAAAUGAAGAAUUUGCUGAACCUGGUGUUUACAGAACUAACACUGCUGAAGAUGGUGGGGUCCCAGUGGGUGGUAUUUCUAGAAGUCAUGGUGGGUCAGAUAGCUACAUCUCGAAGGGUAGCCUUUCUAGAAGCCAGAGUGGUAGCAGCCAUGGAAGUGAAGGAUACGUUGAGCCUACUGUUUCCAGAACCAACAGUGCUGAAGAUGGAGGGGUCCCAGUGGGUGGUGCUUCUAGAAGCUAUAGUAGCGGGGUUAGAAACAGCUCACAGGGCAGCCUUUCUAGAAGCCAGAGUGGUGGCAGCCAUGGAAGUGGAGGAUUUGUUGAGCCUGUUGUUUUGAGAACCAACAGUGCUGAAGAUGGUGGAGUCCCAGUAGGUGAUGCUUCCAGAAGCUACAGUGAAUCAGGUAGGAACAUCUCUGAGAGUAGCCUCUCUAGAAGCCAGAGUGGUGGCAGCCAUGGAAGUGAAGGAUACGUUGAGCCUACUGUUUCCAGAACCAACAGUGCUGAAGAUGGUGGGGUCCCAGUGGGCAGUGCUUCUAGAAGCUAUAGUGGGUCAGAUAGGUACAUCUCGGAGGGUAGCCUUUCUAGAAGCCGGAGUGGUGGCAGCCAUGGAAGUGAAGGAUACGUUGAGCCUACUGUUUCCAGAACCAACAGUGCUGAAGAUGGUGGGGUCCCAGUGAGUGGUGCUUCUAGAAGCUAUAGUGGAUCAGAUAGGUACAUCUCGGAGGGUAGCCUUUCUAGAAGCCAGAGUGGUGGCAGCCAUGGAAGUGAAGGAUACGUUGAGCCUACUGUUUCCAGAACCAACAGUGCUGAAGAUGGUGGGGUCCCAGUAGGUGAUGCUUCCAGAAGCUACAGUGAAUCAGGCAGGAACAUCUCUGAGAGUAACCUUUCUAGAAGCCAGAGUGGUGGCAGCCAUGGAAGUGGAGAAUAUAUUGAGUCUACUGUUUCCAGAACCAACAGUGCUGAAGAUGGUGGGGUCCCAGUGGGUGGUAUUUCUAGAAGUGACAGUGGGGCCAGUAGGAAUAGCUCACAGGGUAGCCUUUCCAGAAGCCAGAGAGACCAAAGUGGAGGCUUUGCAAACAUUGUCUCUACCAGAGCCCACAGUGAAGGGAGGCAAGAGGGCAGCCUUACUAGGUAUCACAGUGGCACUAAUGCAGUCUUUACAGAUAGUGGUGUUUCUAGGAGCCCGAGUUAUGGAGGCAGAGGCACCUCACAGGAUCGUGGCUUUAGAACCCCAAGCAUUAGAAGUGCAGCCUUGACAAACAGUGUCUUUAUUAGAACUCCCAGCAGCGCAGGUGAAGAUGUUCAUGAGGAAGUGCUUUCAGGAAUUCAUAGUGAGGCAAGGGAAAGUGUCCCAGAGGCUGGUCUUUCUAGAAAUAUUAGCAAUGAAAAUGUGUGCAUAAGUGAAGCUAAUCUUUCAGAAAGCCAAAGCUCUAGAAGUGAAGGGUUUUCACAAUCUGGACAUGCUAGACUCUACAGUAGGGAGAGUAAAGAUGAACCUCGCCUUUCCAGAAGUAGAGAUGCUUCAGAAGACAACCUUUCUAGAAGUCACAGUGGUGAGAGUGGAGGUCCUGUGGAUGCAUCCACUCCUAUAUGCCCCCACAGCAGAAAUCGAGAUGCCAUGGAAUAUAGCCUUUCCAGAAGCCACAGUGGAGGAAGUGGGAGUUUCAGAGCAGCUGACUUUUACAGAAGCUCUAGUGAAGCAAGCAGAGGUGUUUCAGAGGCUGUGCUUUCUAGAAGUGGCAGCAAAGAAAAUGAGCAUUUCCCAGAGGGUGAACUUUCUAGAAGCUACAGCUAUGGCAGUGCAGAUGCAUCACACCCUAAUGUGUCUAGAACCAACAGUGCUGAGACUGAAGAUGUUCCAGAAGGUCUGCAUAGCAGCCACAGCUCUGCAAGUGGAGGGAUUUCACAACCUGGAACAUAUGGAAGCCAGAGUGGUGUCUACUUAGCCUAUGAAGUUUACUCUGAUCCCCAUCAUGAUGUUCCGAUCGAUGAAGUAUGCUACUAUGUUGAGUCCCGUCCAAUGGAGUAGGUGUCCUACACGCAGAUCCAGAUACCUUCUUCUAGAAGUCCCAACCCAUCACUUGGCUCAUGGACCACAGAUGGGGAUCCACAUUAAGCCUUACAUUACCAAGGCUCACCGUUGGGAAUGGGACUCUGCAGACUCGGAGGUGACAACGCAACCUUUCUUGUCUGUUAUGGUUUGUGGAGUCAAGCUCAUGGAGGAGCUAGAGUCCUUCUGGUAGUAUAAUCUGUGGUGAGGGAAAGUAAUAUAUAUGACAUACAGUUAUAAUAAUACAGGCAUUAACUACAGGAAGCCAUAAGCCAUAGUCUUUUGACCAGUAUUAUAAGCAGUGCCUUUCCCCCUCCCUUCCUUUUUCUAUAUUUUAUGUUACUUUCUCCAACUUUUAAUAUGCAUUCUGAGUUUUAGCUGCUGGUUCUUGGACACUAAGGUUUGUUUUUCAUUUCCACAGAAGACUCUGAAGAGCUUUUAGGGUGUACCAGCAAGCUUAAACAUAUAUCACAAGCGGGUUCUUGGCUGGCCCCAGUCCAUAAUAAAUCCAUAUUUUUAAAUGCAUUAAGGCCAGUUUCAUAGGAUAUCUUCAGUCAUACACUUCAGCUGUCCAUGAGUUUUUACAUGUGUGUUAUUCCUCCACCCAUAUGUAUAGGCACAUGUCAUAAGGUUAAUUUCUAGUAAUUGGCCUCACCUUGUUAUACCAGACGUAGAGUUUAAUUCUUGCAUGCUCUGGUCAGUUGCUAAAGCUGGGGGCUUGCUCCAGAAAGGGAGUGGGGUACAGGGUUUGAAGUGCAGCAGGCAGAAGGUACUGCUCUGUUCAUCACAUCAGGGGAGAAGACCAGAUUCCUAGUAUCCAUAUCUGCUGUAGCCAAUCCAGAGGCUUCACACUGUCCAUCAAUAGUUGUGGCCAGUGUUCCACAUCGUUAUUCCCUUUGUGCCUGAAUAGGGCUCUGAGAACUCUUAGGUAGUCCACUAGGUUAGAUCUCAUGAAGUUCAUAGUUUAGAUCCUGAAGUUCCUGCCCUAUGAUUGCUUUUCAGUGGCUUGAUGUCUGCAGACGAGUAGAAAUUACCUGCGUGGAUGUGUGGAGACAGCACUAUGCAUGCAUGUAUGCAUACAUUAAAAAAAGAUAGAGAGUGAAGUUCAGCGUAGUAAGUACACAUCCGAAGCCAACCUUGGUUAAUUUUAGCCUAGUUUAGAUUGGAUCUGUCUACCCAAACACAGCCACAUUACAUUCACCUUAGCAUGUUGUAGAUCAGAGAACAGUACAGUAAGUGGGUGUCUGUACUCUGUAUAGCUUGACAUGUUUAAAUGGGCUUAGAAAAGUCUUGGUGUUGUGUCAUUUCCCAAGUGAACAAAUUAUAGUCCAAGUUUUAGCAUAUGUUGUAAAAAUCCAAGGUCUUUGUUGCCUGGUGGUUAGUUCAGUUUUGAUCAGGAGUUGAAAUUCCAGGAUUGAUUGGGUAAAUGAUUGAUUGUUGUAAACUGCCCAGAGAUUUGCAUUUUGGGCGGUAUACAAAUAUGUUAAAUAAACAAACAAAGGGGCUUGAACAAGUCACAACUUUUUAGCCUCCCAUCUCUGAUAUUAAAUAUUUAAUGCAAAGAAUGGUUGUGAAAUUUAAUGAGAUGAGAAUUGUAACACACUUUAGCCCCAAUCGAGUGAAGGUUAGAUUUAAGUCCUAUUGAAUUCAAAUCAUCUGGAAGAGUUAAUUACAAUUAGGUUCCAUUGAUUUCAAUAGCACUGUUGAUGCUUUGAUCCCCUUUCCUCCCCGGCUGGAGUUUCUUUCUCCACUUAUUAGUCACAGAGAAGAUCCAAGUCAAAGAAGGAUCAUGUAGUGAUCCUAGUGAUUAUGUAGAAGAGAGCUGAUUUUGUGGUAGCAAGCAUGGCUUGUCCCCUUAGCUAAGCCGAGUCCACCCUGGUUGCAUAUGAAAGGGAGACUACCGUAGAAGUGUGAGCACUAUAUGGUGCUCCAUCUUAGGGGAUGGAGCUGCUCUGGGAAGAGCAGAAGGUUCCAAGUUCCCUUCCUGGCAUCUCCAAGAUAGGACUGAGAGAGAUUCCUGCCUGCAACCUUGGAGAAGCUGCUGCCAGUCUGUGCAGACAAUACUGAGCAAGAUGGACCUAUGGUCUUAUUCUGUUUAUGGCAGCUUCCUAUGUUCCUAGUGAAAAAGCUAAUAUAAUAGCACUAUGUUGAUAAUCAGAUUUGGUGUGUGAGGAUGUCACUGAGGGCAAAUAAAGAUAACUGAGAGGAAGGGCAAGCCAAGCUGAUGCUUCCUUUAUUAGUCACUUGGGUGAUUCCACUCAAUCAGGGAUCAUGCAGUGAACAGGAUGGUGUGUCAGUACUAUGUAGCAAGUCAAAUUUGGUUCUGUGGGGAUGUUGCUGAGAGCAUGUGAAGAUAAUUGAGAGAAGAAGUGUCAGCAAUGCAAUAAAAUGUUCACACAUUUUCAAAAGGAUGCUGAAAAAUCAUUGAAAAGGGGAGGGAUUUUUCAACACUGUUGAAUUCUUUUCCAGAAAAAUACCAGUAGUUUUGGCUCAGCCCUAGGAGCAACUAACUUUCUCUGGAUUGGAGCCUGUGUGUUCUCAGAAGUGGUUAAUAAAUGUAAUGGCAGUCCUCAAACUGCUUUAGGUAUUCUUUUUAAAGUCCAUUUGUAGCAGGAGAACUCUACAAGGGGAUGAGGUGAGCAAUUACCUUGUCUGCAAAUACUAGGCUAGUUCACACAUUCAGUAACUGGGUAGGGCAAGCAUCCUACCCAAGUUUGGGAGCUGCGUACACACCUCUUUUGUGACAGUGUGCAAGUAAAAAGCAAGGUAGGAGGCUGAAGAAGUGAUUGUGGGCAUGGCUCUGUCCUACCCAGCAGCUGUAUCCAGCUAUUUAAUGAGGUAGGAGGAAAAGCCCUCCUACCCAGCAUGAGUCUCACACACAAUCCUUUGACCCGGCCUCCUGCCUUGCUUUUUGCUGUCACACAAUCACAAAACAGUUGCACGCAUUGCUCUCAAACUUGGGUAGGAUGCUUGUCCUACUCAAUUAGUGAUCAUGUGAACUAGCCUGUGUUUUUUCCUCCUCCAUUGACUCUUAAUACCCCAAACUAAUUGGGUCUUCCUGUGCUGCCUUUAAGGGCAAUGAGGUCUAUGAAAAUCCCAUGCAUCUGACUUAGGUAUGUACAAGGAGAAGCAAACAUUUAGGCAAGUGGUGAUUGUCUUUAAAAUGCUCGUUAGAAUGCAGUGCUAAGCAAAAAGACGGCAAUUGUGGAAAGUUACAAGGGAAGAGAGAAGAUGAGAGAGGCUGACCAUGGAAUGUGAAAUUAUCACAGUCAGGAUCAUCUCCAAAGAGACUGUCAACAGGAGAAGUUUCAUGAAGUUCCUAUUCACAGAUUAAAGACAUUAACUUGUGUGCUGCCCUGUUUCUCAGCUGAUGAUUUCAGGAGUAGCAUGAAAGCCAAAUGUUAAGACAAGUAUCCACCAUGAGGUGGGUUGCCAUUUCUCUUGGGAUAUAUUUUGGUAUUUGCUGAGAUAAAGCUAUAAAGACUGCAUAUAUAUCUUUGCAUAAUUUAUUUUGGCCUUUAAUGUAAUGCUUAGUUUCUCUUUUGUUGCAGCUAAAAAAUACUCUUUACGGUACCAUUUCUGUGUGCUGGGAUCAAAUAUUAGCCAUUACAUUGUACUCAUGGAACCUUAUUGGUAUUAUAGAUAAAGAUGCUUUAGUAGAUUUUGUGGCUAAUUGCAAUUCCUAUAAUGCACCUAUAUUGCUGAAUGUCCAUGAGACAAGAAUGUUUUUCCCCACUAGAAAAUUUCAGGGUGUUGGGGAGUCUUGUAUUAAUAGUGAUUUUUUUCUAUGACACAAGUGAUGUGUCUUUUCUGCUAUUAGCAUAGUUGGGUGUGGAACAGAUUACUAAAAAGGUUGUGGGCCCAGUGUUUGGCAGUCUUAAAAAGCACUUUCAAUAACCCAUGUAUUGGGGCAAGAUUUUGUGUACUGAAUCCUUCUUUUAUUGAAUGAGAUCAGUAAGAUCAGAUUCCACAGCCACUGGGACAUGCUCUGAAAUGUGUUCAUCCUUUUUGGUUCUCACUAGUCAUAUUAAAUGGCAUCAAGAUAUUUUUAACUGGCUCUUCAUUCCCAUAACAGUUGAGAACCAUCCCAAUAAAAGGACGACAACAUUUAGGAAGGCUCAGUCCUAUGACUGUGUAUAAUCAUUCUUAUUCAGCUUAAUUUUAAAAAACAAAAGUACCACAAAAAUAUUUUUAUUAUUUAUCAAACUUUGUUAGCCACCCCAUAACAAAUUGUUCUCUGGGUGGCCCAAUUUAAAAAAAUAUAUAUGUUCCCAAUAAGAUUCCAUAGUGGCACUGACAGCUGAUUUCUUGGUAUACUUCCAUGGCAUUGUAUCAAAAUAGGUCUACUAUAAGAUGCUUUCCUCUUCAGUGUUAUGGCUCUGUUAAUAAAGUACUUAGCUAU